AUGGACAGUAACCAGGAGCAAAUGCCAAUUGCGCACAAUGUCCGAAACGUGCUCAGGUCUUUCCGGACGGUUGAAACAUCGUUCAGCCAUGAGAUCGAUUCUCUGGACGAUAAGAUCGAGUCUGAAGGUUUAUCCGAGCUGUUAAUGGCCUUGGAGAACGAGAACACCCGCUUCAAGAUGUGGGCUGGGAACCUAGGAGCUCAUCAGAGCGGCCCGGCAUCGCUGGAUCAUCGGUUAAGAGAGGCACCUCAUAUACAAGACCAGGUCAUCUAUCUUCUGCGCGACAUAUCAGAAUCCCUAGAGGAUACUAUAAUCCUCAUUCCGCAAAAGGAGUCCCCAAAGAACAGUGAAAAUAAUGAGAAUAAGCUCGAGUCUCUUCCUGGGGGCUCAGAUCGAGAAAGCGAAGAUAGCUUCAUCGACCUAGAUGAUGAUGAGAGUAUUCCAACAAACAAAAGACUAUCAAUGUUCUGCACCGAUAUCGCCGAGGCCAUCGACUGCCUUCUACGACUAUCUCUCGCCAUCGCCAAUCCAGCACCACAUGAGAGAUUCCGAAAGCUCGGCGCCGGCCCCGACGAGGACGUAUCCUUCUACGAGGCACAUGAUAUCUGUUACGUCCAAGACAAGUUCCCAAAUAUCAGUCAGGAGUUGCCCGACAUCCUGGGAAAGUCCAUCACCCGCCGGCGCCAGUUCUUCAAGUACCGAGAGGCACACCAUGCUAAAUUGGCGGCAGGCCUGGAUGAAGAGAUUCAGAAGGAUACGAGUCGGACAGAAAUUGUACCCAACACUGUGGCCUCCUCACUUCCAGAGCGCUUCACGAGAUCCGGUGUGAUUGAUGAGGACAGCCGAUCCGAUAUAGCCACGUCUGAGACAUCAUAUGCUAGCUCGGCUGGCUAUUUGAUGCUGGAAGAUGGAGAGAUGAAGCCGGCUUCUCCACUCAAGGUUCCUCCACGACCACAAGAGGCAGAUACGGGUAUCUUUGAAUGUCCAUACUGUUACAGGAUGAUAUCAGCGAACACCCGAGGGGCAUGGAAACGCCACAUCUUUGGAGACCUCCGUCCGUAUACUUGUCUCUUCUCAAGGUGUGUCGAAUCAAAUAUGGACUUUGAUCGACGACAUCUAUGGCAGCUCCAUGUAUCCCAGUAUCACUGGCACACAUGGUCUUGUCCAUUUAACUGUAGUAGCACGUUCACAUCUGGGGUUCAACUCGGUGAUCACAUUCGCCAUCAGCACCUGCCAAACGCGAGCGACGAGCAUAUAAGUACUGUCGUGGCUCGCGGCAAGGUGUCUGUUUUAAAUGAUGUCAUUAAAGAAUGCCCUUUUUGCAGACAACCUAUUUCAGAGCUAAAGUCAUACAUCAAGCAUGUUGGGCUCCAUCUUGAACAGUUGGCUCUAUUUGCUCUUCCUGGCAUCGGAAAUGAGCAGCUAAAGGAUGGCGACGAGAGUGGCGAGCUGAACGAUUGGGCAUCUGAGCUGGUCGCUAUUUUAGCCUACGAUGACAAUUGUGAGACUUCUUCCAAAGCUCGUGAGCUACCAGAAAUAGGCGAUACAAGCGGUCGGCAUGCUAUGACUUUCGAAAAGGAUGGUGAAGGCGACGCUACCGUUGACGAGGUGCCAGGUGGGCAUGAUUCCAUGCCAUCAGCCGCCGCUCCGAUCUCUUCUGGUCAGCUUACAUUUGAGCCAGCCGAGAUUCGAAACCGCGUACCAUUAUCCAAGAUCGAAAGAAAGACUCUCCAGGCCAGAAUCGCGAAGCAGUUAUCGAAUCUAUCUUUGCAGUCAAGGACGCAGCUUUUAAAGAAGUUUGAGGAAAAUUUACAGAAGAGAAUUCUAGACGAUAUCAUGGCCGACAUACUCGAGAUUGAGGUCCCGAUUGGAUCCAAGGAGCAGGAGCGGCUUCCCAUCGAACCCUCUGACGAAGCUGGCCCCGUUGCUCAAGAUUUCGAAGAGACAUAUACUCGCUUUGCUCGAAAACAUCUAUCUCUCGAGACAUUACGAGAAUUCAAUGUUGGCUUCGAUCUCGACGCAGACCCCGAAUACGUCUUAGUCAGGCGGCGGGUGCCCGAAUGGGAACAAGACCGCAUGUGGGAGCAUACCAAACUCAUCCGUGAGAAGCGGGACAAAUAUCUACGAAAAGAGACGCCUUACUGGAGUGAUGAGCAUGAGUUUGAGUCGGUGCGCGAGACAGAUAGGCGUCAUGCCAAAUCACCGUCACGUUUCCAUGGCCAUGGGGAUAAGGAUUUGGAUGAACUGCUGGAGCUAUUCAAACCUGUUCACAACUACUAUGACUCAUUUGGUAAUCAGAGCCCGAAGCCCGGGAAGCGGAGUACAUCGCCUCCUCCUGGUUUACCUUCUGUCCAUGAACGCGAGCGUAUCUACAUUAGGACCACCAGUCGCGAAAGGGGUGCUCCUCCAUCUCCAUAUCCUCCACCGCAAGUCCUCCGAGGCCCAACAAUUGAGCGAGAGGUCAUCACACAUUACCGAGAUACCGACCACAGUGCUCUCCCAGAGAAUAAAAAUACACUAUGCCGAAACGCACUUAUUUAUGGCUAUUGUCGAUAUGAGGACCAAGGCUGUGCCUUUAGCCACGACCAGAAUAAAAAUGACUCCAAAACGCAGGGUCAAGGGGAGAGGGAAUAUCAGAGCGACUAA